UAACUGUAUCAUGGCAACCGGAAAAGUGCAGUUGUUAUGUACUAUUCAUCAGCUGACUGUUACUAAGGUUACCGGCGAAGCAAGGCUGAAUUCUCUGUGGGAGGGAUAAAUGUGGAUCUUUGGUUACGGUUCAUUAACGUGGAAAACAGAUUUUCCUUUCAAAUGUCGUGUUGUUGGGCAUAUUAAAGGUUUCACUCGCAGAUUUUGGCAAGGCAGUGAGGAUCAUAGAGGAGUACCUGGUGCUCCUGGAAGAGUUGUAACUAUUGUGCCAUCUUCAGAUCCAGAGGCUCAAGUUUAUGGUGUUGCUUACGAAAUAGCUGAAGAAGAUAUUCCAGAAGUAAUUGAAUAUCUUGAUUACAGAGAAAAAGAUGGUUAUGAACAAAUAUAUGUCACUUUUUAUCCUUCUACAGAAGAUUUAAAAGCUUUUGAAUUAAAAAUAUAUGUAGCCAAUACAGAUAAUCCUUUUUAUUUAGGACCAGCUUCUUUAGAUGAUAUUGCCAAACAGAUAUUUUUAUCUGAAGGACCCAGUGGACGUAAUGAUGAUUAUCUAUUUCAAUUAGCUGAAACCAUGAGAAAGAUAGCACCUCACGUCAAAGAUGAUCAUUUAUAUCAGCUUGAAAAAUUAGUAAAAAAUUUUAAAAUGAAUCAUAUGAAAUCAAUAAAUUAAAGAUGUAUAAAUAUAUGAAACUAAUUUAUGAAAUGAAAUUAUUUUGAAUAAAAAAUCUUCUAUUCGCUUAAUUAUUUUUUAAAAAACUUUAUAGGAAUAAUUAAAUGUUAUUAAUGAAAGCUAACUUAUGACUAAAACUGUGUAUUCUCAAAUUUAAUAUUAUUGAUUAGAUGAAUAAAACAUACUUUUUGUUGAAACUAUUGUUAAUAAUACUGAUGUAAAAAAAGGGAUGUCAGGAAAAAGAAACCACUGUUAUAUUUAAUUAUGACUUCUAUCCUUCUAAGAUUUCUUCCUGUAUUUCCUUUAAUUUAUCUUUAUUUAUUUGUUUUCAGUGUGUAAAAGUAAUGAUCAGUUUACAUAUUCGAGAGGAGAAUUAAGA